AUGAUCUUCGCCGGAACUGAGACAUCAUCUAUUACGCUGGAAUGGGCCAUGGCGGAGCUCACGAGAAAACCCCAGAAAAUGGCCAAGUUGCGGGGCGAGGUAACACGAGUCACCAACGACAAGUUGGCCAUCGAAGAAGAUGACCUUAGCAGGAUGGAGUACCUCAACGCGGUGUUGAAGGAGGGGUUGCGUCUCCACCCACCAACACCACUUCUCAUCCCACACGAGUCGACGACGAUGUCGAUCGUCCAGAGCUACGAGAUCCCGGCAAAGACGACACUCUUUAUCAAUGUGUGGGCAAUCGGGAGGGACCCCGUUGCGUGGGGUGAAGGGACGGAGGAGUUUUGGCCUGAGCGGUUCUUGGCCAACGGUAACGCGACAGACGUGGACGUGAGGGGAAACGACUACCAACUCCUCCCAUUUGGUGCCGGUCGACGACUCUGUCCCGCCAUCAACUUUGCGAUGCCGACGCUAGGGAUUGCGCUAGCUUGCCUCGAACGCCACUUCAACUGGGGUCUCGCCGUUGGCACGUGUCUGGAGAUGGGCGAGGCCCCGGGGCUGACCACACCUCCGUCGACUCCGAUGCGCCUUGUCCCCAGAUGCAUAACAACUUAA